AUGGGUUUUUCAAUUGAUAUAUGUGGAGGUGAUGUUGUAACAUUGUCUGUCAACCCCUCUAGGUCAAAGAUAUCGUUUAAAAUCACUCUCACUUCAGACCCUAAUUUACCCUUCAAGGUACUAAAGGUUCCUGAAAACGCACCAUUUACUGCUGUCUUGAAGUUUGCUGCUGAAGAAUUUAGCGUACCAGCAGCCACAAGCGCUAUUAUCACAGAUGAUGGGAUCGGUAUAAAUCCUCAACAAACAGCAGGUGAAGUGUUUCUUAAACAUGGAUCAGAUUUACGGUUAAUCCCUAGGGAUCGUGUUGGUGGCCUGUGA